AAAAACAGCAGCAGCUGCUGCGACACACAGAUGCCACAGGAAGUGCUGAUGCUGCUGCCGCAAAAUGCACCUGCCCUUACUGGGAGAAGAACAGAGUGGAUUUAUUAAAGACGUGUUUUUGUGGUGCUGAUGGGAGUCCAAGUUCUGCUGUUUUGGCCGAACGUCGUCGGAUACCUGAGGAUUUUGCUCCUGUUUGCUGCCUGGUGCUUCCGUCAGACUCCAGAAGUUUUCGUCCCUCUGUAUUCCAUCUGCACAGCACUUGAUGGUGUGGAUGGGUGGUUGGCGAGGACCCUGGAUCAGACCUCCAGGUUUGGGGCGUGGCUGGACGUGGUGGUGGACAACCUGAGCAGAGCGAUGCUGUGGAGCCUGACAACCGAGUGGGGUUGGUUGGUGUCGGCCCUGGAGUGGUGUGUGUUUGUGUGUAACCACGGCGUCAGAGGUCACCAGUGGAAGAGCAGCUUCACCGACGCCCCACCAGUCAUACGAGCCGUUAUGGCAAACGGAUUUUGGACCCCUCUGGGCUGCUGGGUGGUGAGCGGUUUGCACGGCCUCCCUCUUUGGGUGUUCGGGUGCCAGAGGGGUGUUUUGUCACGCUGGGGCCUGCCCUCCCGGAUCCAGGCUCUGGGGACUCUGCUGCUGGCUGCCGGCCGGCUACUGGCCCUGUCCGCGGAGAUUUGGUGCAUCUGGACACACGUUAAAACCCUCAUAAAGGAUGAAUCAGAAGUUGACUGAAGAGCGCCACCUGUCUGCUGCCUCUGUUGUGACUCGAGCUGCUUCAUGAAUUGAAGGCAGCGGGAACUGUUUGAGUUCAUGAGAUAGCAAAGUUUAUUCACCUUUGAUCCACUUCAAAAUCUCCUUUAAUGGUCUUAAGCUCCUUUCACACCGCGGCCAACGUAGAGUUGCGUAUUGUGGUGUCCCGUCUACGCUGAGAUAAGCGGCUCUAUGCUCAGUUUAAGCAGCUCUAUGUUAGGUUUUUGCUCGUUUGCUUUGUCUCUCUCUGUGUCGCUCUCUUCAGAAUGCUGACAAGAAACGAGAUGUUUGUGCUUGUGAAUUUAAAUGGCAUUUUUUUUUCUACUUUUUUUGGGGACACAAACGGACUCUGAACUUUGCGAUUUGUUUCACGCUUCAGACAGUACAUAUGACCUAUUCGCUUCAGUCCGAUGCACCAUCACAGUCUGAGGAACACUGUAUCUACAUAAAGCUCCUGAUUUUGGAAAACGACAUCUGAAAAUACUUUUAAUUCCUGUUGGCUGCUAUGAUAGUGGUAUAUUAAUUAAUUAAUCACAUGUAUGCAGAUGACCUGAUGCUAAUGGAACCCUCACUGGCAGGACUCAGCAAACUGUUGAAAGUAUGUGACCUGUUAUACAAAUAAUGAAUGUUUAUCAGUUCAGUGGUACAAAAAUUUAAUUUGGUGAAAGCUAGAACAUACCAUUCAACAAGGCUUGGUCAUAUUGGUCGUUUAGGAGUGGGAAUUCCAGCGCUGCUCUCCUAUUGGUCGUUUAGGAGUGGGAAAUCUCACACCAGAAUGGAGGCCAGAAUCCGGCCCAAUUCAUUCCCGGGCUGGUUGUCGGGCUAUAAACAAUGGAUGCUGUGCUGCAAUGCACCAAUGUGAGUUUGAGAUUUUAAAUGUUAGUGUGGUUCAUGUAAGCUUAAGAGUGUUGUUAGUGUUACUGAUUUAUUGUGUUUUUGUAGCUCAGUUUGCUGUUACCAUGAGUGACUUAAGUCUCAUGUUGGUACCACGAGUGAAAUGUUUAGUGGUGUUAAUGUCUUCAGCCACCGUCUUUAUCAAAUUAAAAAAUCCUGCUUACAGCAGCUGUAUGUGCGACUUCCAUCAGGGACAAACAGAGCUCAGUUGACAGUUCCUGUUUGGUGUUUAUGUAUUUUGGGUGAAGGAUGAACAGUGCUAAAAUGGAACAGUGAUGGGACAGAUAGUUUUGGAGAAGCUACAAAUCUUAGCUAACAUUGCCAAUUACAUUUUGGACUCACUUUUCCAGCAGGGGGCAGUAAAUCAUCUUUAUUACUGCAGCAGAUAACUGAAA